UUGCAGAAGCUGCUGCCGUACUCUUUGUAUGAGGUGACGAUUGCGCCAAGGAACUCUCUUUCGGUUCCUUCCUCGUUUGAAAUCAAUACUCCUAAAGUUGUGAAGGAAAUAAGGACAGGCGAAAAGGUGCCAGACGGUCCACCGGUUCACGUCAGCGCCCACGAAAUUAGCGAGACCUCCGCGUCGGUAUCGUGGGAAUCACCACAGUGCGAUGUUCGCAACGGCGAAAUCACACAGUAUGAGUACAAGUUCGUUGGUUCUGACCCUUGGGUUGAGCAUGAUCUUCGACAAGCGACGACUGCUCGUACCCGGACGCUGCUGCACGACCUUGCGCCAGGUUCUAGGUACCAGUUUCAGGUCAGGGCUUUCACCAGUCUUGGUCAUGGUCCAUGGUCUCCUCCACUCGAGAUAAGGACUUCCGGCAGUGAGACAGGAAUGCCUCGAGAAGUUCAUCCGGUUUCGAUUGGAGCCAGGCAGAUAACAUUUAGCUGGCUCCCACCUUACCCGGUGAAAUCCCCAAUCGGUCACUACCGUCUCAAAUAUUCAAAGGCAAAUGAGAAUAUGCGAGAAGUGUCCGUGGACAUUGACGACCUCUCUUGUGCCAACAUGAAAAGUUCACUUAUUAGCGCAGAAAGUUUGUGUUACACUCUGAAAAAUUUGGACCCGCAGUCGACUUAUCGUCUGGAGGUUGCGGCAGUAUCACCUGACGGCAGAACCGGACGCUGGGCACCCACCGUUUACGCCAGUACAAAAGAAAGCCGAGCAGAAGGAAGUCCCUUGGGAUUUCUAAAGCUGCUUCAAGCUGACGAGGACAGUCUCAGAGUUCACUGGGCAGUUCCUGAAGAUGUACAGGAGGAAGUUUCUCACUACAGUGUUGAAAUAGCACCAGAAACUUUCGGUGGCAUGGUUGCUCCGUUGGAGAGGAAAAACAUUUCACACGACCAGACGACGCAUCAUUUCAAGAAGCUGGAACCAGAUACGAACUACAACGUCACCGUAAGAGGCGCAUCAUCUGGCCGCUGGAUAUGGUCGAUGUCUAAAGUGUUCAGAACGAAAGGGAAAGGCGAAAGUAUUCUUUACUGGCUUCCUGCUCCGUCCAAUUUGGAACUGAUCGAACGAUCAGACAAAAUGCUACACGUAGCUUGGGACCCCUCAGAAAUCUUGCUAUCAUCGUUGGCAGACGACGUGACUAACUAUCGGGUUGGACCUUAUUCCAAAAUGUCAAGUGUUACUGACAGUGGUUACGGAGAAAUGUUGUGGAACGUGUUCUCUACGCUGCCGUAUCCGGGUGCUCCGGAUAUUUUGAGGCUGAAGCAUCGCACACCAACCACUCUGAAUAUCACUUGGACACCGGUGUGGGAAACCAGCAUUUUGGGUUAUCAGAUUCACAGCUACCCACUGUGGCCGGCACAUGUGCCUACUCACCCCAUUCCCGUCAUUACGGACGUAGAGCCGGGUAAAAUCGAAGCCACCAUUACGGGUCUUCAACCGGCGACCAUUUACAACGUGACGCUGGUACCAAAAGACAGAACUCAGGGCAUCUAUGGAUUGUUUGCUACUCUUCCUUUGGGAAGCUUUGUUCCACGAGACUUGAAAGUCUGUGACGAAUCUGCGCAUGCCAUAUCUUUGUCGUUUGCUCCAAUCGACUACGCCAGCGCUAGUCAUUACCAGGUAUGGUAG